AUGGCAUCGCCGUCGAGCACCAGCAACAACUCGGCCCUCUCCCCUGUGGCCCCGUCAGGGACGACGACGCCCGGUGCCGGGGCGCCGUGCGCGGCGUGCAAGUUCCUGCGGCGCAAGUGCCUGCCGGGGUGCGUGUUCGCGCCCUACUUCCCUCCGGAGGAGCCGCAGAAAUUCGCCAACGUGCACAAGGUGUUCGGUGCCAGCAACGUGACCAAGCUGCUGAACGAGCUGCUGCCGCACCAGCGGGAGGACGCCGUGAGCUCGCUCGCCUACGAGGCCGAGGCGCGCGUCAAGGACCCCGUCUACGGCUGCGUCGGCGCCAUCUCCGUGCUCCAGCGCCAGGUCCACCGCCUCCAGAAGGAGCUGGACGCCGCGCACGCCGAGCUCCUGCGCUACGCCUGCGGCGACGUCGCCGCCGGCAUCCCCACCGCGCUCCCUGUCGUCAGCGCCGCCCCCAGGUUCUCCACGGCAAUGACGACGAGCCCCGGGCAGCAGUUCGCAGCGGUAGCGGCCACUGCGCAUGCCGCCGCCGGCAUGUACGGCAGCAGCCGGAGGCUCGGGGUCUUGGACGGCGUAGCGGCGCCACCACCGCCACCGCCAGCAGCGGGCGGCUGCUACUUCAUGCGGAACCACAGCAACGUCAUUAGUAGCACCCCAGGCGCUGACGUGGCGCCCGUCCUGCCUUACGCUUCCGUGGCUAAUUGGGCCGUGAAUGCCAUCAGCGCCUCGAUGACCACCACCUCUGGAUCAGAGAGCAUUGAGUUGGAUCACAAGGAAGGGGGAGACAGCAGCAUGUGA